AUGGGACUAUCAUCCUUGCUCAAAAUUUUGCCGAAGCCCUGAGAAAAGGGAAAAAGGUGAGACAAAUGUUUGAUGAGGAAAUUGCGAAUGAUAAAAAGAACAUGAAAUUUCUUGAAGAUGUCGCAAAACUAGCAGCUGAAUGCUUGAAAAUGGAGGAUAAAAUGCGUCCAGAAAUGGUUGAAGUCGCGGACAGACUUAGGACAAUUAGAAAGGCCUACCGCCACCACAAGGGCAUAAAUGCUACAGGUAGCAACUCUGGACUUCCUAAAAGUGGAAAGGCAGAGGACGUGAUACCAUUAGUGGUACCAUCCAUUUCCAUGGAUAAACUGAAGGAAGUAACCAGGAACUUUAGCAUUGAUGCUCUAAUAGGACAGAGCUUACAGAUUAAAUUCUUUUUUGGAGUGCUGAAAGAUGGACGUAAAUCCAUGAUCAUGAAGAUUAGGCCUACUACAGAAAUUGUUUUGGAGGUUCCGGUGGUCUCAAGAUUCAGACAUGAGAAUGUUCUCCAGCUUCUCGGACACUGUGUUGAAGGAGACAACCGGGUUCUUGCUUGCGAGUACGCAUCCAGGGGAUCCUUGCAAGAUAUUCUUCAUGGUAAAAGCAAUGUUUCGGGAGCUGAACGAGGACCUGUUCUAUCAUGGACGCAACGCAUGAGGAUUGCCAUGGAUGCUGCAGCUGGGCUUGAGUUCCUCCACGAGAAAGCACAGCCUUGCAUAAUCCACAGUUGCAUCAGGUCCAGCAACAUAUUUCUCUUUGACAGGGACGUUGCAAAGAUUGGUUGGCCUGGUGUUUCCAGACAGGCUAACUACUGCACAGAAGCUGUCUGUUUUGUUUCUCGUGGUUAUGACGCGCCUGAGACUGUAACGGGCGGUCAACAUUCUACGAUGAGCGAUGUCCACAGCUUCGGGGUUGUCCUGCUAGAACUUUUAACCGGUCGAAAGGAACUUGAUUGUACACUACCACAUGCCCAACGAUUUCUUGUGACAUGGGCUAGACCAAGACUUGAUGAAUGCAAGGUGCAAGAAAUUGUUGAUGCGAGGCUUGGAGGAGAUUACCCUCCCGAGGCUAUCGCCAAGAUGGCUGCAAUCGUGGCAUGCUGUAUACAGUCGAAGGCGGACCUCCGGCCAAACAUGAGCAGCGUCGUCAUGGCCCUAAAGCCGUUGCUUCUCUAGCAGCUCAAACAAUCUUGUCGGCACUGUUGAAGCAUCUGGAUUCUGGAGUGUGAGGCAUCGUCUUCUCCAGCACUGAUAUUGCACGUGACGUAAUUUUUGUGGCAGAAUCAUGAUUGGAAAAUAGUGUAUAAUUUCUCAUUCACAUCGGCAGCAUGUAUGUAUAGUUUUGCAACCGGACAAGAUGAUGAAAUUCCCCAGUGCCCAAUUCCCACAUUUCCCGAGGCUUUGUAGCACAUAACAUUUAAGUAUAUGAGUCGCGCAUGCAUCAUAUGUGCUUCUCUUCUUUCUGGAGGAGGAAAUGGAA